AUGGAAGGGGAAUGUCUUUCACUUGUGGAUCUCUCAAGUCCGAGGAAAAGAGAACAGAAGGAAAAUAUAUGUACAAUGUGGAGGAAAUGCACCCCGACGGAGCCGGGCGUACCUGUGAUGAAGUUGAAAGGCGGGACCCCGGACCCGGUCGACAUGACGCCGGUCAAACAGGCUGCCGAGGCAGAGCCCUGGUCGCCCACGGCCAACCUUAGAAUGCUGAUCAACGCCGCAAGUCCCGAUAUCCGAAACCGUGAGAUGAGGAAAGUUCUCUUCAGGCCCAUCGAGAACGAAUCGGAAAGCGCGGAUAUCGCCAAAGAUGAGGUCGGAGUGCCGGAGGAUGCCUGUCAGUUUGAAGCGAUGGAAGAGGAAGACGACAGGGAGAAGAAGCCAAGCAGGAAGCAGAAAAGCUUGGGUCUGCUGUGCCAAAAAUUCCUGGCUCUCUACCCGGAUUACCCUCCGUCCGACAAUCCGAUCUGGAUCUCCCUGGAUGAGGUGGCAACCAGUCUAGGGGUGGAGCGGCGCCGCAUCUACGACAUCGUCAACGUUCUGGAGUCUCUCAUGAUGGUAGGCCGCAUGGCCAAAAACAGCUACACGUGGCACGGGCGUCUGCGCCUGAACGCCACGCUGCAGGAGCUGCAGCGGCAGGGCCGGCAACACGGCUACCAGCGCCACACGGAGCCCGGACACAGCCUAGAGGGCGACGGUGGGGAGGACGACAGCGGACAUGCGCCAGGCAACAGGAAAGAAAAAUCUCUGCGCAUCAUGAGCCAAAAAUUCGUCACGCUCUUCCUGGUGUCCAGAACGCAGACGGUAACCCUGGAGGCGGCGGCAAAGGUUCUCAUCGAGGAGAGUCAGGACUCGUCCAGUCACAGCAAGUACAAAACUAAGGUACGGCGUUUGUACGACAUUGCCAAUGUGCUGACCAGCUUGAACCUCAUCAAGAAAGUGCACGUGCGAGAGGAACAAGCCCGGAAGCCGGCUUUUAGAUGGCUGGGACCGGUUGAUUUCAACAAGUCUGAAGAAUCUGUUGUGGGGAUUUCUCCGCCAGAAGCUCAGGACCUCAGGAACGUCAAGUUGGCACAACGCGCCUCUUUUGGUAUCGCCUCGCCGUCUGCGGCCGUACAGCCGCAGGUGUGCUCGGCGCCAAGUAGCCCACGCAACGACAUAAACGGAUUUACACCUCAGCCUCUGGAUUAUUCAAAAAAGACUGGCGUUGGCAAGGCAGUCUGCAGACUGCAGUUCGGAAGCCAUGACGGGAACCUGGUAAUGUCCUCACAACAGCCCACCCUGCUGUUCCCCGCCUUGCACCAAGAGCGCCUUUUCACGAUACCCUCGUCCGCCCACUGUCUUGCCUACCUGCCGGGCCUUUCACAGGCGUCCGUGGUCAUGCCGUACAACCGGCCCGACGUGACAAGCGAAGCCGAGUGUGUCGCGGAGGGCUCCGGUUCUCCCGGUGAGGAACCUGCAGAGCGGAGGAAAAGAAGGAAUGAAUCCUUGGAAGAGGAAAUGGUGACUCUCAAGAAAAGCCCAUCGGAAGCAUCGGAUGAAACCGGCAAUCACGCGUCUCACUACCUUUACUUGCCAAAUAAUUCAGGUCUGAAUAGCCUCAACUUGCUGCUCCCCUCCGGCCAACCCUCAGCCCAUCUUUCCCCCGGGGCCAUAACCCCACUGGCGCUGCCCUACGUCCUGGUGCCGUCCACCACCCUCUCCCAAGUGGGCUACAACCUGCCCGCACGCUACAUGGUGGCAGCCGCACCGUACGGCUUGGCGCCAGAGGUGUCGCCCGUUCGGUCGCCUUCCACGCCCGAACAAAGCGGGCGUGGUGGAAUGGGCGCGGCGCAAAUGACGACCACACCGCAACCACUGACGCCGCCCACGCCAAAAGAGAUCCCGGUGCCCACUUCCAGGUCUUUCUUCCAAACUCCGGGCAACGUCGAAGGUGUCGGCGCAACACCCGUAUUAAGAAAAAGGGGCUCGGUGCAGAGGAGACUCGACGUCAGCCACUCGCCGCCUUCUUAG